AUGCGGCUCCCUGGGCCCUCGAUGCCCUCACAACGCCAAAGCCAGACAGCAGCCGGCAUAGCCCUCGUCAUCUUGGCCCUCUUCACAGCCUUUGCUGUGACCCAGGCUGUUCGACCAUCCCAGGCCGAGUCCACUCUCUCUCAGAGGGACAACAUCGUUCAGGCCAGGCAAUUCCUUCCUUGGAUCUUUGGCGGUGGUCAAACUACCACCAUUGCAAGUCCUGCUCAACCCGCCAUUACUACUCCUCUCCCUGCGGCUGCACCACCCACUCCCAACAACCAACAACAGCAAGGUCCUCUUGGCGGCGUCAUUCCUCAAGUAGGCCAUAUCAUUCCCAGUCUGCUCGCUUCUUUGACUUCAGCACUUGCGGCAGUGGUGACUCCGGUUCCAUCCAUCCUCAACCCGGGGAAUGUCGUACCGGUUGUCACCAAAGUUGUACCCGCGCCGGUUGAGUCCAUACUCCACCCUGGCGGCGGCCCCGUUAUCCCAACCGCCAUUCCCAAUGUCGAAGGAUCCAAUGGUGGACUCCUGCCUCCGAUACAGAGUGCAGUCAACAGCAUCGUCGGCGUCGGUGGUUCCACUCUACCUCUGCCUACCGGGCCUGGACUUCCUGUCCCUGUUCCGACACAAGUGGUUGGCGGCAUCCCGGUUUCUGAAGUUACUGCGGCUAUUGGCAACGGCGCCUCAAUCAUCACCAACAUCCCAGAAGUGCUUGUCAGCGUUGUAUCAUCCAUUGUCGGCCAUAUUCCUUCGGCUGUUAACAACCUUCCCUCAGCAAUUCCCGUAUCUGACGUCGUCGGUGCCACCGCAGUCGUCCCAGGCCUCUCGUCUUUAGUUGCAAGUGUUCUGCAGUCAGCUUCAGUCAUUAUGCCGCUUCCAACGACGGCUCCCCAGCUCCCUGAAGACUUGCCUACCGACGGAAAUCUUUGCACCGGAGUCAAGUAUGAGAGCGGGAUUCCUACUUUCAUUGCUGUUCCUUGCCCUGGGCAGUCUUCUCCUCCUGCCACGCCGGCGGCACCUUUAUCUAACCUGCCAGCUUCGAAUUCUGCAGCCGUCCCAGCCAACCCUCCUGUAUCUUCUCAAGUUGGCCUUUCCACUCCUGCAGCAAUCCUGACAGCUGGAGCUUUGCAGUCGCCCCCAGCAGCAUCAUCUCCGGCUGGUGGCGCGAACGCUACUCCUCCUGCCAGCAUUCCUUCGACGCAAGCUGGAGCCGGAGGCCCUGGCAAUAAUGGCCAACCACAGAGUACUGCUUCAGCAGGCCAGCCUCAAUCACCUGUGCAAUCUUCAGGUUCGGUGGAUCCCAAGCCAGCGGCGCAGGAGGUCCACCGAUAG